AUGCCAACAGCAGUGAGUUGUUCAUUAUUGGCGGGUAUUUGUGCAGUUAUCGAGUUCCAUCAUAUGUUUGAUUAUUCUUUUCUCAAAUGGAGUCACAAAUGGCUACUUGCUGCAGUGAGUUUCUUUUUACCAUCUUGA